AUGACGGCUGACGGACCUUUCUGGGAUGGUGUCCGAGGGCUGAUGGACAAUCUGACGGACAUGAUGGUGUUGGCGGAUAAGAGUGGGAAGAUUAUCCACAUCAAUGAUGCCGUUGAAAUCAUCACCGGUCAUCUCGCCUCGGACUUGGUCGGUCAGAAUGUGGCGGUCCUCAUGCCCGAUGAGUUGGCAAGCAGCCAUCAGAGCUUUAUCGAUGGUUUCGUGUCGAAGACUGAUACCAACAGGAAGGAGGGUUUGAGGAGGAAGAAUUCAUUCACGGUUUGCAAGGUAGUUCGGCCGAUCAAAGGUCAAUUGAAAAAGAAAGAUGGGAGCAUUAUUUCGGUGGAGCUCAUUGUAAGUCACAUCUCUGAAGAACCUCGGUCGCUCGACUACUGUCUGAUGGCACAUAUCAAAGACCUCACUAAACACGAGAUGGCGGAGAGGCAGCAACAGGACUUCCUCGCGGGGGUCGCACAUGAACUGCGUACCCCACUAAAUGGUAUUAUUGGUCUGUCGGACGCUCUCAUUAAGACAGAGCAGAAUAAAGGAAGGACGAAGCAUUUAAAAAUGAUUAAUUCUUGCGGGGUUCGACUAGUGGGACUGGUGAAUAUGAUCAUGGACGUUAGCGCACUGCGAGAUGGCAAGAUGCAAUUGAAUUUGACCAAGACGGUUAAUUGCAACGAGAUAUGCGAGGAGGUUUGGGAGUUGAUGAACAUGGCCGUUGAUAAAAAUGGAAAAAAAAUUAAAAAAGAUUCCGUCGAUUUGCAAAUUGAAUGCGAUCCGGAUCUUCCGUUGAUCGAAGGUGACAAGGAGCGACUUUCCCAAGUGAUAUUUAACCUGGUGAAUAAUGCGCUUAAAUUUACCCCAUCCGGAUUUGUCCGUAUUGCAUCUGCGUUUGAAGCGGAGGCCGGCACCCUGUUAUUGAGUGUCUCCGACUCGGGUCAGGGAAUAAAAAAGGAAAAUUUGGGAAAAAUUUUCGAAGCUUUUGGACAAGAGGAAGAGGGGAAGGGUGGUGGUUUGGGUCUCGGUUUGGCGAUAUGCACGAAGGUGUCCGAGCUCCACGGUGGAAAGAUAUGGGUGGAAUCGGAGCUAGGAAAAGGAUCUCAAUUUUACGUUCGACUGCCCCAGCGCAUCGCAGACGAAGUUAAAAUGGCUGGCAACGCUCAAGAGGGGGGCACCAAGAUGGGCGCGUCUACGGUGUUCCAGACGGCACAGAUGGAAAAUGCUAGGAUGUUUAAGAGGCAAUCGUCGGUUCCCACGAAGGGGCUGCUGGCAGCAACAACGGAAGCGGAUGAAAAUUCUGCCGAUGCUGCAAGCGACGGUGAUGUUGAGGACGAGUUCGGCGAGGUUACUCUUCAAGAAGAAGCUCAGAGGAGGCUCGCGGAGGCGGGAGCAAUCACCAUCCUUAGUUGCGAUGACGUUGUGAAAAAUCAUGAAGUUCUCGAGAAGGUUCUAGACAAGGAUGCAGGAUUUGAGUACAAGAGGAGUCUAGACGGGUAUGAUUGUAUCGAAACUUUGGAGAGCUGCGCGUUGCCGGAUAUACUGCUGGUGUCGGGGGGCAUGACGAAGCAGUCGAUUGGUGGGAUGACGGGGUAUGAAGUAGUCAAUAUAGUCCGACGGGAGUUCCAGUUGUCGUUACCCGUGAUCAUAGUGACGAAUGAGGUGACUAACAGUGGUAGGAUGGAGGCUUUGAAGCACUUUGCGAAUGAUGUGGUGUUGAGAGACGCUGAGAAGGAAGAGCUCAGUGCUCGGAUUCAUUCCCUAGUGGUCCGCAAGCUGAUGGAUGACAUUAACUAUGAACGCAAGGUGAACAGAGAGAUGAUGCAACGAACGCUACCACGGAAUGUUUUGGAAAGCGUGAAAAGAAGUGAAGGCAGUCUGGUGGCCAACAAGUUCGAGAGUGUGACAUUUCUGUAUGGUAUGAUGAAGGAGUUCGAUAUCAUUCAAGAAAUCGUGCCCAUCUCCCAACUCUGUGUUCUCCUUAAUAAAAUGACCACAGUUUUCGAUAUUUUCCUGAAGCCACACGACGUUUUUCGGGUGGAAAUGGAUGGUUCGGGAGUGCUCGUGGUGUGUGGUCACGACCGACAAGAAGACCAUGUUGAGAAUAUCCUUACUUAUGCGAAGGACGUUCUGGAAGGCCUGAAUCAGUCUAACAUCAAAGUUGCGGGGAAAAGUGUUGAAUUUCUGAUGGGAGUUGCUACCGGGUGA